AUGACGCACCGAGUGAGGGAGGCCAGUCCAUCGUCACGCAGAUCUUCUUUUUGCCUCGUCCAGAGAGGCAACGCUAACGGUCUGCACAGCGUGACGUCACGCGGCGGCGGCGACGGCGCGUGCGAGCGAGGAGGGAUGCGAUCGCGAGAUGUCAAAGCUAAGGUGGCGUUCGUGAGCGAUAACGCGGGAACGUCGUUCUCGGAGGUGAACGCGAUCGUCUUCGUCGUCGUCACUUUCGCAUUCGUCUCGCUGACUUUGCAACACGCGCGACGAGGUUCAAAGCGUCACGAGCGGAUGACGGAGGUGUUCGAAACGAUCACGCUCGCAGCGGCAUCUCUGGCGUCGAUGUUUGCCCCUAGAUUGGCGUUCACCGCAUCCUGCGUCGCCGCAGGCUCGUGCGCGCUCUAUUGGAUGGCGCCCAAACGAGAAGACCAGGCGCGCGCGGCGGCGCGAACAUUCUCCUUCGAGGACGGCGUCGCGAUGUACAGAUUCACCCUCGCGAUGCUCACGGUGAUCGCGAUUUUAGCGGUAGAUUUCGCGCCGUUUCCUCGAAGGCUGGGGAAGACCGAGACGUACGGCGUGAGCUUGAUGGACGUCGGCGGUGGGAGUUAUAUAUUUUCAUCCGCAAUCGUCUCGCGAGCCGCUCGCGGGUCCGCGAGGCAAAGCCUAUCUUCAAACGUACGAAAAGUCUUGCCGGUCAUUGUGUUGGGAAUUGUACGUCUCGUGACGACGUCCGCGGUUGGAUAUCAUUCGAUCGAAAGCGAGUACGGACGGCACUGGAAUUUUUUCUUUACGCUCGCUGCGGUUCGAAUGUUUCCUUUCGUACCCGAGCGCGCAUUGGUUUUCGGUGUCACGAUCACGCUUGCAUAUCAAUACAUCCUGACUGCAUACGGUCUGAGCGAGUGGGUUCUUCAGGCUCCGGGCGAACGGAAUCAUUCACAUGCAAAUUGGCUCGUGCGCGUCGUUUCGAUGAAUCGAGAAGGUAUUUGCAGUGUGAGCGGUUAUUACGCGAUACAUCUCAUAGGAGUACACCUCGGUAAAUCAAUGUCGAAGCCCACGAGUAGCAUAGCUCCGUGGUUGCGGCGCACCGCGAUCAUGGUGAUUGUAUUUUGGUGUGUCGCGCUCGUUCUUCACCGUGGCGUCGAGAACAUCUCGAGACGCGCGGCGAACUCUUCGUAUGUAUUUUGGGUCGUCGCUUUCAAUUUGCAAGUGGUCAUCGCUUACGUCGCGAUGACGCAUAUGUUGGCGCGGCGUUUACCUACGCUCAUUGUGCCUCGAUUAGCUUUCGCGGUCAGUCGAAAUCAACUAAUUGUGUUUCUCGCGGGCAACAUUUUGACUGGCAUAGUCAAUCUUAGUAUGGAUACCAUCGGCGCGAACGACGCCGAAGCGUGGGCUGUCAUGACUGUGUACGUGUGUACAAUAUGCGUCGUCGCGCUAAAGACACCGAGCGGUGGCUGA